UUUUGAAUACAACAAAGACAUACCCGCACAACCCAAACAAAGACAGUUAUGCUCAGACUUAAUUGUUUUUUCUUAACUUCAAUACUGAAUAUAAAAACUCUUUUCAUAGAAAAGGAAGUUAAACUGAUUGUAGGAAAAUGUGUAUUGGGAUAGGCCUAUAUAUGUUAGAGAACAUAUAAAUCUUUAAUCUUGUAGAUUGAUAAUAGAUAAAAUGGCAGCUAAGGGUAGUGACAUUGCAUCGGAUGAAAUAAUAGACACCAAAUGUUGUGUAUGUGCUGAGAAAAAAAUAACGCGACAAGCUGAAAAAUAUUGUGUAGAAUGUCAGGACUAUUACUGUAUACCAUGUACAGACACGCACAAAACGUUUCCGUUAAUGAGAGGACACAAAUUGUUAGAUAAAUCUGAUUUCAGUACACGUGGUUUACAGUCAUUGUUACCAUGUUUCCCAACAGAAAGAUGCCAUAUUCAUAAAGCCAAACUGUUGGACAUGUUCUGCAAGAACCAUGACGAGGUUGUCUGUGCUACAUGUGUAGCUAUAAAUCACAGAACAUGUCGAGAUAUACACUCCAUUCCAGACGAAGUUGACAAUCUAUAUGUUCUAUCAGCUUCUGACCAAACUAAUAAACAACUCCUUGCAGCAAAGAAGGAUGUAGAGGAUAAAAAGAAAGCCACACAGCAAAUCCUCUGUGAGCUAAAGAAACAAAAGAAUAAAGCAACUGAUUCUAUCAUAAACUACAGAAAAGAACUGGAGGCUGAGCUCAAGAGACUUGAAACUGAAUCACUCAAGGAAGUCGAUGCACAGCUUAAUAGCUUUGAAAGAGAUCUACAGCGUGAGAUAAAAGAAUCAGCACAACAUAUAAAUGACUUAGAAAAAUCUGCUACCGCACUGCAAAAGUCUAAUGGAAAUAAAGCCCAAGAAUUUGUAUGUGUCAAAAAUGCUCAGAAAAGAAUUGUUACAGUUAAAAAUUACACAAGCUCCACUAAAAUACAAACAGAAUUAAAAAUAAGUUUUUCAGCCGAUAUAAAAAUAAAAAACAACCUAAAACAAUCAAAGACAUUAGGACAGGUGUCUACAGCAGAAGCAAUUUACAAGCCAAGAACCACAGCAUACACAGUGAAACAGCAGAGAGAUAUUGAUAUUCAGCAAGAAGGCAAAAGGAUAUGUAGAAUAUAUGGAUCGUGUUUUACUGAGGAUGGUUCCUUGCUGCUUGUUGAUAUUAAUAAUAACAAGUUGAAAUGUCUGAAUGGUUCUACAGACACCCUCAUAGACCAUGUAGACCUGGAGGCAGAACCCGUAACAGUAUGUCUAACCAGUCAACUAGAAGCUGCAGUAAGUCUGGCCAACAAAACCAUACAGUUUGUAUCACUAGGAGACAAGAUGGCAACAACAAGGAAGCUGAAGAUGGAUCAUCACUGUUUUGGUUUGGCCUUCAAUGAUGGGAAAUUGUUCAUAUCUGAUCAAAACCAAACAGUUUAUAUUUAUGAUAGAAGAGGUACCAUGUUACAUAAAAUUACAAAUGACAAAUCAGGAAACCCAAUUUUCAGUAACAAUCAACAUAUUAGUGUGAGUACAAACAGAGACUGUGUGUAUGUGGCUGAUGCCAAGAAAGGUGUGAUAACUCUAGACAUACAGGGAAAUUAUCUAUCAACAUUUACUGAUCCUGAUUUAGUUCAGCCUCGGGGAGUAUGUACAGAUAAGAGAGGAAACAUACUGGUCUGUGGGUAUGAAUCAUCAAAUAUUGUCCAGAUAAGUGAGGAUUCAAAAACAAAGUUGGGCAGCAUCAAAACAAAACAAUAUCCAUCAUCAGUCUGCUUUAAUCCUCACCAGAACAAACUAGCUGUAACUCAUUUUUACAGCAAUACUAUAAAAGUCUAUGAGUUGGAGUAAGAUACAUUUAUUGCUGCUGACAUCACAACAACUAGAAACACUGAAUGAUCACUUACUUACUUUUGUUGGAUUUUUAAAGAUAUAUCAGAUCCAAAUUCCGAAUUUAAAACAUGAACAGUUACUUCAUAUUGUAAAUGUAAACAACAAGUUUAUGUGUAUCAACAGUACUAUGUAUUAGGUUUAAAAUAGUAGAAAUUAUACAUGUAGAGAUAAUCACUGUAUAAAUGUGUACAACUAGUAAUAAACUAGAUCUAGCUGCUUUUUAACUUACAAUAAUAUGUAUGUAUAUGUCUUUUUAUAUAUAUUUCAAGAGGACUUUACACAUUUGAAGUAUAUUCUAAAGAUAAAAUAUUUUUUAUGAAAGAUAGCCAUUGGAUAUAUUUAAGUCAUACUGACACAAUUCAGGUGAUAUGGUGGCUGUCACGUUUGUGAUGCUGUAGUUUCAAGCUUUAAUGAUGGAGGAAAACCUUAGGUGCCCUCAAAAGUAUUAGCUCCAGCAUAAGCAGGCUCCUAGGUAGAACCGCUGACCUACAAGCCAGCUGGAUGGUUUCCUCACAUGUUGCUCUGCGUACACUUUGAAUCCAAAGAGUUGAUGGCUAAAUAGUUCAAAGUCAGCAACUUUAAUCACUGUGAUUUUCUGAUAUUUAUUAGAUUUAUUAAAGCAUUUUUUAAAGUUUUGAUAUUCAUUACAAACAUAAUGGAACUUAUUGUAAGCAGUCUUAUUAACAAGUAUAAAAUUUUGAAGUUAAGAUACUACAAGAACUUCAGGUGGAGUAUUGAACAGAAUGUAGAAAGAUCUGAAUUUUCAACAGAAAUACAACCAGAUGUCUAAGAUAUUAAGAGUUCAAAUUAGCUUUUUAUGAAAUUGUGUCAUUUUGAAUUCCCAACAGAGUUUAUUCAAUAACCUCAUUACUUGCAGAACAUGCGUUGUUUUUUAAUGUGUUUGUUGUAUAUAUCCCUAGCCUCAUUAAGAAUGAUUAUGUUUUGUAUGCAUAUGCUGUAUAUCUUCACUUUGGUUGUGCAUAAUUAUGUGAUUAUGAUAAAUAUAAUGUACUGUAUUUAUACAAGAUAAUAUAAUAUGUAUGUAUAUAUCUAAAAUAAAGCUCUUUCUUCUGUAAAAUAU